ACUGCUGUCCACUUGCUGCUCUUUACUGCUGCAGACACGGUGGCUUAUUUGGACUGUGGUAUGGCACCGACAAUCUCUCUCUUUGUUGUCCUUGUGCUGAUGGCACUUGGCGAGUGUCAGAACGUGUCAACCGACAACUUCGAGCAGUGGAACCUGUUCCGCGAGCAGUGUGAGAAGGACGAGUCCUGCAGCUACGAGACCACCAUGGUCAUCAAGAAGGAACAGGACCAGGACAGCGAGAUCAAGAACGUGAGCAGAGCUGUCUCCAACGUGGCACAAGACGUCCAGAAAGUUAAGCAAGACACAGAGAACCUGGAGGGGCUGAGGACGGAACUCCGUUUCAUCAAUGCGAAGAUCGACGUGUUGCUGGAGAACAACUUCACAACGAACAACCACGGGCUGCUGGGUACCGGCACAGGAAACUCUGCCCCCAUCAUUCCCACUUCCACUCAACUGUCAUCCUGGUCAGGGAACCCAUCCAACAUCUCUGCUCUGGACAUAGGCUGGCUUCGACAGAAGAAUAGGCUGUUCCGAGAUGCACAUGGCAGCAUGACGCGAUCCUUGACCCCGUAUGUAGCCCCGGUGCUCUUCAAACGUAAAUGGUGUGAAGGAAGACUGACUCCCUAUCCCACUGCAGGCUGUAAGGGGACGUUGACAUCUGUGGGAGAACCAGAGGUGAUGUUACAACAUAGUGAAUUGUAUGGAGCCUGGAUGACUGACCCUGUCGGAACAACAUGCACGGAUAAUGUCUGGUUCAUGAGCGGAUAUAAAGGCAACUCUGUCCCAGAGUACUCCACAGUCUGGGACUUCCAGUCAGGGUGGGCCUGCACCCCCUACACGCUGCCACAGUACUGGGCUGGUACAGGACAUGUGAUGUACAAUGGGAGCGUGUACUAUACCAAGUUCAACUCCCGUACAAUGGUUAAGUAUAACCUUGCCACUAGAGCAGCCAUAUACCAAGACCUUCCCUCCACAGUCAAUUACAACUCACCCUUCUACAGGUACAAGAUGGGGAUGUACACAUACACAGAUUUUGCUGUGGAUGAGAAGGGUCUGUGGAUUGUCUUUGCCACACCAACUAACCAAAGGAACAUGGUGGUUGCAAAGCUUGAUCCAGAAACCCUCCAAAUCACAGACAUGUGGAACACAAGCUAUCCCAUAGAGUAUGUAGGCAACACUUUCAUGAUCUGUGGGGUUCUGUACACCAUCACCAACUACCGAUCCCCAAGCUACAUCCACUAUGUGUUUGACACGAACACUGGGGAUACCUCCUUCCUAAACGUCUCCGUCCCCAUCCAAACUAACCUGUACAGCCUUGACUACAACCCUCGGGAUGGUUUUCUGUAUGGGUGGGACAGUGGCAAACUGGUUAUCUAUAACAUCACCUUUGAUACAUCCACACCUGUACCAGCCCAGCAGUGGCCUAACGUACCCACCCUGCCCUCUGAGAAUGACAGAACCAUGACAGAGACUGAGGAGAAGACGCACCUGUUGUCAGAGAACAGCCGAUUGGAGGAGCAGCUGAACGACAUGUCUCCUCGUGUCCACAGUCAGGAGCAUCCCCGCAAGAUGUGUCACGACGACACAGAGCCACCCAAGUACAAUCAAUCAGGCUGUGGGUACCUCACAUCUGUGUCUGCCCCAACCCUGCAGAAGAUCUUCACUGGUAGCUACUAUCGUUCUGGAACAUGGAUGCAGGACCCAGUAGGGGCUGUCUGUGAUGAUGCUGUGUACAUUCUGCCUUACCAUGGACAUUCUUCAUACAACUUCAUAGAGAAGUACACUUCUAUGUCCAACUUCAAUGCUGGGCACAAGUGUUGUCGGUACUCCCUGCCACACCAACGGUAUGGUACAGGACAUGUCAUGUAUAACGGGUCCCUGUACUACAGUACAAGUGGGACCACAAACAACAUGGUCAAGUAUGACCUGACCACACGCACUGUGACUGCCCGUAAAACACUUCCCGGUGCUGCUUACAGCUACUACCAAUACAAGCAUGGUGCAAAUAUUGGCAUUGACUUUGCUCUUGAUGAAGAAGGCCUAUGGGUUAUCUAUGCUACCUCUGCUAACAGUGGUAAACUUGUCAUUAGUAAGCUGAACCCUGAUGACCUCAGCAUACUGAAAACCUGGCAAACUGACUACCCCAGAGCUUCUGUUGGUGAGGCCUUCAUGAUGUGUGGGGUGCUGUACACUCUAACUAACUACAAAUCACCCGGGGAAAUCCACUUCUUCUACAACACUCACACCAGCACUAACUCUUUUGUCAACAUCCCUUUCACAUUCUACAGUGUACCUGGACAUAGUUACAAUUACAUGUAUUCUCUUGACUACAACCCAAAGGACAAGAAGCUGUAUGCAUGGUACUACCUUUACCGUGGUCAGUACCGGGGUCAUCUUGUCACCUAUGACAUAGAGGUGACUGCACAUAUCUAGUCUGAUGACUAGCUGACAUAUCAAACACAACCACAAGCUCUACACUAAAUAGAACAAAUGCAACAUUUUCGUCCACUUUGCUCCGUGACCAUAGACAUCCUGUAACUGUCAACAUGUCCUCACUAUAUUCCACUGUGUCUUGUCUAUUGCAAGUAUCCUUGCCCCUAGAGUUUCUUUGCUGUUGUAGGGAACUCUAGUCUUGUGUGUUUGAGGCCUGCCCUCUCUGUACAUUUGUGCUUUGUAUAUGAAACGGCAGUUACAGUAAGCUCAAAAGGUUGGCGUGUGGGUGCGUGUUGUAGCAUUGUGAGUAUUGAGCACCUUUUUUAGGACAGAGACGUGUGGUACAUGUAUACAAUGCAGCAUAGCUUUGGAGAUUUGUACUAAGUUGUAAUGUCAUGUUGGUGUGCAUGACAUAGUGAUUUUGGUGAAAAGAAUUUUAAGUGCAUCUACAAAUGUACAUGUAUGACUUGGCAAGAUUUGUUAGAAUCCAUCUGUUAGAAUCCAAAAUUAUUCUAAAUUUACUUUUAAAAUAUUUGGCCUUCACUCAUUAGUUUUAGAUGGAUUGGCAUUUUGAAACAGCUUGGUUAACUUAGCUCAUUUCAUUGGUCCAUAUUAUCCCAAAUAUGUCAGUAUGUCAAAUCAUAAUGCGAUGUGUUGGUGUUACUCAAUUGUAAUCAAAUGUUGUGCAUUGUAUUUAUCUGGAGAGUAGGACCAUCGUGUUUGUAAUGAGUGAUGGUGUUUAGAUUGAACACUUUGUAUUUCUUUUAAUAUCUGUAAUAUACAAGAUUCCCAGCAUUGUUUUCAUGUGUGGGUUUUAAGUGCACUUAUCCCAGGAUUAAAGUGAAAAGUAAUCACGUGUUAAAAUGAACACAAUGUGAAACUGGUUAGAAUAUAUACGGAAUAGUGAGAGUAUUAUCUAAGAUUAUCUGAUAUAUACACAACUAUUGAAGAUUUUUGAAAUUUUUAUGCUUUAUCUUUGGAAAACUCUGGAUGAAUAUUAGUAUUUCACCAGUAAAACACCAGUGUAGAAUGUUUAACCUAUACGGAGAAUAUAAGUGACUGACUUGUUCCCACUGGUUUCAGAAACAAAGGUAAAAUGUUUGGGUUUACAACAACUUUGCCCUUUUUGUGUUGACUAAUUUUGAUUGAUAACAGUUUUUUUGUACUAACUAGAAGUUAUCCUGUCCUGUAUUAAGGUGUUGCUGUAGUUUUGACAACCUUACAAUAAAACUGUCAAUUCCUGAA